UAAGGAUUCUCACAGCCGCUGCAUAACAACUACACCACCUUUAGCCUCUGCCUAAAGACAAUCUCUAUAUAAAACUGCAUACUGAAAAGUGGAUGAUCAUCCACAUUCAGAAACCAUCUGUGUCAUUUGCUGCAAAUUCCGAGCUUCUCAAGCUUGCAGUUACAAAGAUGUCCAAGCAAUCAUCCCUACAGAUUCCCAUCGCGGUGCUGAUUGCGGCCAUCCACUUGCUGCUCCACGUGGCGGCAGCAGGCCCUGCGGCAUCAGCUGUAGGCGGAGAGCCAGCCCUUGAGCUCUACAUGCAUGACAUCCUCGGGGGAAGCAGCCCCACAGCGAGGCCCGUCACGGGGUUGCUCGGCAACAUAUACACCGGUCAGGUGCCCUUCGCGAGGCCUAUAGGUUUCAUACCUCCGAAAGGCGGCGUGGCUAUUCCCAACGCGAACGGGGCUAUCCCCACGGUCAAUGGCGUCAAUGGGAUCCCACUCGGGACUGGUUUGGCCGGCACGACUUUUGCGGGAAAGCCCGUCAUCAAUCAGAACAACAAUGGCAACAACUUCAAUAUCCAGACCCAGCUGGGUCCUGAUGGGUUGGGUCUCGGGUUCGGGACAAUCACCGUGAUCGACGAUAUACUGACGUUAAGCCCCGAGCUUGGGUCGCAAACCAUUGGCAAAGCGCAGGGAGUGUACGUUGCAAGUUCUGCGGACGGGAGCACGCAGAUGAUGGCAUUCACGGCCAUGAUCGAGGGAGGAGAAUAUGGCGACAGCCUCAACUUCUACGGCAUAUACAAGAUCGGGAGCCCCAUGUCGUAUUUAUCGAUCACUAGUGGGACUGGAAAAUUCAAGAAUGCUUGUGGAUUCGCCGAAGUGCGGCCGCUCGUGCCAACUGGCCAGACUUUCAUAGAUGGUGCAGAGACAUUGCUCAGGAUCACAGUCCACUUAAAGUACUAGGUUCCCGUGUUGUCCAGAAACCAUGUGAAGUUUGUGUGUGAGAAGACGAGUGCUGUCAAUCUGUUUGUUUCCAUUCGAAAUGUCACCUGUUGUACUAUGUCCAAGUUGAUUACCGAGGUCUAAAUUCUAGCAAAAUGGUUCCAAAUCAUGCGUGGAUAUCAUUACGAUGGAAGAUAUCACCCUUUAGAAUAGGUGAACCAGAAAAGAAGGAACAAAAAACCAUAAUUUAGAUUGGGAAUAUUACCAAGUAGAACCGACCUAAAGAGAACUGAGAAAAAAUCCUUGAAUCCUUGCUCAAUCCACGAGGUCUGAUAAGAUCUAUAAAUGAAUUCGAUCCUGAAACUAUCCAGUAAAGAAAAGCAACUUCUUGAAUCAAGUGAAAACAGAGAGGAAUCGCAGAAUCAACUACAAAUUCCGACAUACCAGCUAUUUUCUUGUCUGCUAUAAGCAGCAAGAAGCAUUUACCAGUCAGCGUAAGAGGCAGACGCCUGAAAGUUACCAAAGAGCGAUGUAUGUAGAUAAGGGACCUAUUAGAUAAAUGACUAAAAGGGAAGCGACGAACAUUUAAUCCCAGAACUAUCUCAUAAGACAACGAAGCACACUAUACAACAGAGAAAAUUCAGUAUAUCCAGUAUUAAGAAGAGAGACUUCCUCAACAUCCUAGUUCUCACAUGACUUAACGAGGAAAGAUUACUGGUGCAUCAGAUUUCGUUCUCCACAAUAAUUCAAAAGAUAACCAAAUGCUGUUGAUGUCCAAAUUGUUGUCUUCUCGAGCAACAACUCCGAACAAUUGCUGAUUGAAAAGACACGAUUCAUGCAAUUUCCUAACAGGAAGCACUUAUGGUUACCUCAACAACCUGUAAAAUUAGAAUCCUAUUGAAACCCUAAAGCCUUUUCCAGAAAAAGUGAGCUCCAUAACUAUAUUAUAUUGCCAUCUAGUCUACACAACCAACAAGCAGGCAAGCUGCCGUUACUUAAAUUCAAAGACUCACUUAAUGAGUGCUAC